UGAUGAAGACUGUUAGACACGUAUCUUUUCUUGUUUUCUUCAGCUACAUUAAAUGUCAGACUCUUCAGAGAAGUUUACUAGAUGCAGCCACGCAGCACACUAAUAGCCAGAAUUAUCUAGAGGAAAAUUUAAGAGCUGCCACUAACAUCAUGGUUGCACAGUUUCUUCAGAAACUGACUUACGAAGAAGUACGAACCAUAGGUAAAGAGUUGCUAGAUCUUGCAGAGAAGUGCCAGAGCCUCAAGCCACAUGAGUCACCUUCAGAAUGCUGUCACCAAUUGAUGACUACCUUCCUAGAGUAUAUUUGCAAUAACCAAGGGAUGGUUGACAAACAUGUAUUUUCCGACUGUUGCAAUAUAAGUAACUCAGCAAGACACAAGUGCUUCCUAUUAUACAAAAAGGAUGAUGCAGGUUACAGAGAUAUAUUCCAAAUUUCAAAUCCUGAGCAGAUCUGUGAGAUGGACAGAGAGAAUCAAGUGCCAGUGAAAGAGAGGUACAUUUAUGAAACUUCUAGGAAGCAUCCAUUCUUGUACGGACCCACUAUCCUGACCAUGUCUGCUUGCUAUGAAACAGCCGUUCAGUCAUGUUGCCAAGAAGAAAAUAAGACUGAAUGCUUCCAGAUAAAGCUAGAACCCAUCAGAAAAUACGUUAGAGAAAUAUCUUUGAGGCAUCACCAUUUAUGUGAAAUUGGGAUUAAAUUCAACCACAAAGUAGCAAAAGCAGUGGAAUUGGUUCUGUUGACUAAAAAGCAACCUAAAGCUGACUUUUCUGAAAUUGCAAAACUGGCCAUGGAUAUUAAAAAUUUGCAUCAGAUUUGUUGUGAAGGUAAUGCAGUAGCAUGUGUGGUUGGCAGGAGCCAGCUUAUGAAUUAUACCUGCUCUAAACAGGCUACACUAUCUAGCAAGAUCACUCCAUGCUGUGAACUGCCAGAACCAUUCCGAGGGGAAUGCAUUAUCAACUCAGAAAAUGAUCACAAACCUGAUGUCUCAUCUCUGCCACUUAGCAGGUUUACAGAAGACCAGUUUGUAUGCAAACAAUUCACUGACAAGCAAGAUGACCUCCUACAAGAGUUUCUUUAUGAAUAUUCAAGAAGACAUUCAGAGUUGGCAGUUCCAGUGAUUUUAAGAGUGGCUACAGUAUAUCAAAACUUACUGGGAAAAUGCUGUAAAUUAGAAAAUCCUCUGGAAUGCUAUAGCAAUGGGGAAGAGAAGUUUCAAAGAGUGGUUCGUGAAAGCCAUGAGCGUGUGAAAAAUCAGUGUGAUUUACAUGAGAAAUUAGGAGAUAGUAACUUCCAUGACAGGCUCACAGUCCUUUAUACUAAGAAAGCCCCGCAACUAUCUGCCCAGGAGUUGGUUGUGUUCACGAAGAACAUGGCAGCUGCUGCCACCAGAUGUUGCCCACUGAACGCUGAGCAGCAGUCUGCUUGCAUGGAGGACUCGGCAAAGCUAAUUCUUGGAGCUUUGUGCAGAAGACACGAGGCAGAGCCUAUCAAUGCUGGCGUGGGUCACUGCUGUGAUGACUCGUAUGCCUUCAGGAAGCCUUGCUUUGAUGAUCUGCAAGUCGAUGGAACUUACAUGUCUCCACCUUUAUCCUGUGACCAAGUCCUUAGCCUUAAAGACGACUUGUGCAAAACUCAGGAGGAGGAAUUACAAACCAAAAAGCAAAAACUCCUCAGCAACCUGGUGAAGCAGAAACCACAUGCAGCAGAGAUGCAGUUCCAAUCAAUUAUUGUGGAGUUUGCUUACCUGGUGGAGACGUGCUGCCAAGCAGAGAAAAAUGAAAUGUGUUUCCAAAAAGAGGGAUCCAAACUGAUCAAAAAGUGCCAGUCUCUUUUGGGAGGCUAAAUGAUUCCAGAAAAUGUCAACGUACGAUCUUUCCUGAGAACUGCAUUUUGUUUUUCAUGAAUAAUGAAAUGCAUAUGUAAUAUUCAAAGGAAGAACCAACAUCAUCUUUCAGCUACUCAAAAUGUUACUCAAGAACAUUAGCCAGUCUACACUAAAUCUCUUUUCCUACUCAGCAGAGAAAUCUACUUAAUGUAAUUCUCCCACAACCCAUUUUCAUCCCUUCCUCCUCCCCAUAAGCUUUCUACUUCUCAGAAGCAGCAACAGAAAUGUGAAAUCAGGGGGCCUUUCAAAAGCCUCAGGUGCAUGUAAUGAGCUGCCACAUCGAACUGGUAUCUGACUGCUGGGUUUCUGGAGUGAAAAAGACCCCAGGUGUGAUUUGGGGUUUCUUUCCAUACCACUACUGAAAAUGAUUAUAUUAAUGAACUGAAUGAAAAGUGUUUUAUAAUAAAGUUACUUUCAUGACUACGUUCCCUUUCAUCCUUACCCUAGAUAUGUGAUGUUGACCCUGUCACAAAGGGGUCCUAAUAUAUUUUGUUGACUUGAGCUUUCAGUGAUGAUUCGUAAUGGUAGUCCUUUCCCCGGAAAUCCUGGCACAGAUGACAUAAAGCACUUAUCACUUGGACGUAGGUUUCCAGAUUUUGUGUGUGUAUGCAAUGAAGUAAAAAUAGGCAGUGAUAUUUUAGUGCUUUCUACAUUAAUGAUUUUGGUUAGAGAAAAUACUUAAUUUUCAUUAUAGUGCUCUUUGCUUGAUUUCAGUUUUUCCUCACUCCAGUAAU